AUGACACCUCUCGAUUGUGCCCUUCAAAGAGGUUUCAGAUCAACUGCCAAAUAUCUUCAGCUUCAUGGUGGAGUUCCAGCCAGCAGACUCAGCGACAUCAGAAAUAAACCUACUAACAGUGCCUCAAACCUACGAAUCAGGGAUGAUGUCACUGUUCUUGGAGGUACAACUACAGAUAGUGAACGGGAAAAUGGAAUAGCAGAAAAAAAUAUGAAUCGCAAAAAAAUUCUUAGUAGAUUUGGGAGGAAAGGGAUAUCUGUUUCAAGUAGUGAGUUGGAGUCAGCAAAACUCAGAAGUAGAAAAUUGCAUGAUGAUACACAAAAGCAGAAACAGAGUCUGAACGUCAAGAAGAAAAUAUCAUCUAUUAGACGAGAUACAGCUGAAUCAACCAGGAGUAGCGCUCAUGAAAAUAUUCCUUCGAGUAGCUUAGAUUAUACGAACGAAAUCAUCAUCAAUGGAAGAACAGAGAUCAACAUCCGACAAACUGAAGAAAUUAUUCUUGGUGGAGAAAAAACCAAUCCAGACGGAGUAUUGCAGUAUAAGGGAGGUAGUAUAAUUUCCGCGACUGUAAUAGAUCGGGAUCGACGACCUAGGAGUGCGAAGUAUAGUAGACUGAAAAAGGAGUCGAGCAAAUCUGUAGAUCAUUCGGAGAGCGUUCGUGAUGAAGUAACGAGUACCGAUACCAUUCAACAGCAGGGGACGCAAACACCAUACUGGAAGGAUCAAAGCACUAAUACUUCCGUGGAAACCAUCGAAACAGUUAUCGAAAAUAAAAAGGGUACCUCUGCGGUACGAACUAUCGCUGAAGAAGGAUCUUCUCUCGAAGAACAAACCCUUAUGAAGAAUUUGAACAAAAUUGAUCAACAAUCCAUUAUCUCAGUCACGAGUGAAGAUGCCGAAGAACUAAGGAAAGAUUUAGUUGUUGAAGUAUCUGUGCAUGCUUUACCGAAAUCAAGAGAAGAUCAAAAGACACAGCAGAAGAGUGAUGAGAGGUUGAUUUCUGAAUCCGAGGAAAAAUAUUCCAUGGGAAAUGAAGGUGAAAUGAAGAAGAUAUCAAACAGCGAAUAUAUGGAGAAAACAGUUGGAAGUGAUACUCUCAUGAUGGAUAAUAAACCAGAUGAAACACAAAGCGAGAAGCUGUCAUCGCAAGAACUCAAAACAUCAGAUACAAGCAUUCCAAAAAUAAAUGGAACUGGUCAUGACGCAAUCGAGAAUUGGAGCUGCGCAAUAUCAAGAAAUGCAUCUGCCGAAUCAUUGACAAAUGAUAUGGAAAUAAGUAUUCAUAUAGAAGAAAAAAAAUGUGAAAUGAAUAUCAACGAAGAAAAUGAAGAGAAUGAAGUUGUGAUAAGACCUCGAGGAAGUGAUGGAGAAUUUGAUGACGCUAUUCAUAAAGCACCCACAGAUGAUGUGAAAUCAUACAAAAUGGAGAAUGAAAAUAGUACAGUAGAAGCAGAAUGUUUUCAAACUAUUCCAGAAGUAGAAAAAGUUGCUACUGGUAUCGAAUGUCAGCUACUUGGAAAAUCCCCUAAUCAGACAAGCUCCGAGAAUCAUACAGAUCAGGAGAGUAAAAGUAGAAAGAAGGACUCUGAAGUAACAGAAAAUACAAUAAUGGGCGAUGUACAAUCAACGACCGCAAAUCACUCAGUUUUUGAUAAAUCAACAGAUGCACUUGGAGGUUUUGGGAAUAGAAACAGUAAGGAGUCUGAGAAUAUCAGGCUGAAGAAGAGUUAUGAUCUUCUUGAAAAGAGUCAAACAAUAGAAGGAAAAGUUAGGAAGGGGACUGGAGAAUCUAGUAGUUCAUCAGAUGACAAUGACACGAAAAAAUCUCAUGAAAGUUUCCGAAUACUAGAUGAAGACGAAGCUAAUCUAUUUGAUGAAACUCGACAACGAAAGUAUCGCUAUAAAAAGAAUGUUGAAGAGAAAAGUCGAUUCCGAUCAGUUGGCAACAAAGAAAACGACGAAAGUGAUGCCAGAUAUAAAAUAAUUGGAAGUAAAAUUCCUAGACCCUUAUUCAGGAGUACUCUUUCCAAGAGUGAUAAGCAUUUGGACAGAAUGAAGAUAAAUGAGGACUUAGGGAACCGAGUACCAUCUCUACCAAAUAUUUCUGACAACAAACAUUUCUCGAGAGAAAUAAUCAGGUGUAACUCUACUGCCCCUCAACAGUACCGGAAAAUGUCACCAAAUUCAGAAUCAGAGUGA